GUGCCUGAGCCCGAGCCCGAGCCGGGAGCUGGUCUCGGGGGCUCUGGCCUGUGAGGACGGCUAGGACUGCUCACGAUGGCGAUCUUGUGGGGAGGCCUCUUUCGCAUUGGCUCUAUGCUCGGUCUGUCCUGCCUGGCGUUCUUCGUUCUACUCCUCGUGCAGCUGUCAGACGCGGCCAAGAAUUUCGAGGAUGUCCGGUGUAAAUGUAUUUGUCCUCCUUAUAAAGAUAAUUCUGGGCAUAUUUAUAAUAAGAAUAUAUCCCAGAAAGAUUGCGAUUGCCUUCAUGUUGUGGACCCCAUGCCUGUGCGGGGGCCUGAUGUAGAAGCAUACUGUCUGCGCUGUGAAUGCAAAUAUGAAGAAAGAAGCUCUGUUACCAUCAAGGUCACCAUUAUAAUUUAUCUCUCCAUUUUGGGCCUGCUACUUCUGUACAUGGUAUAUCUUACUUUGGUUGAGCCCAUCCUGAAGCGACGCCUCUUUGGACACUCACAGUUGAUACAGAGCGACGACGAUGUUGGGGAUCACCAGCCUUUUGCAAAUGCUCACGAUGUGCUGGCCCGCUCCCGCAGUCGAGCCAAUGUGCUGAACAAAGUAGAAUAUGCCCAGCAGCGCUGGAAGCUUCAAGUCCAAGAGCAGCGAAAAUCUGUCUUUGACCGUCAUGUUGUCCUCAGCUAA